AUGGCUUGUGAUGUCUGUCGCAAUCAAAGGAUAGAAGAGAUUAUUGAGAAGAUUAGGAAGGAGGACGAAGGAGGGUUUGAAGCCUGUCUCAAGGAGGAUGAAGCAGUGUGUGAAGCCUGUCUCAAGGAGGAUGAAGCAGUGUAUGACUCCUGUCUCAAGGAGGAUGAAGCAGUGUGUGAAGCCUGUCUCAAGGAGGAUGAAGCAGUGUGUGAAGCCUGUCUCAAGCAGGAUGAAGCAGUGUAUGACUCCUGUCUCAAGGAGGAUGAAGCAGUGUGUGAAGCCUGUCUCAAGGAGGAUGAAGCAGUGUGUGAAGCCUGUCUCAAGCAGGACGAAGCAGCGUAUGAAACCUGUUUCAAGGAGGAUGAAGCAGUGUGUGAAGCCUGUCUCAAGGAAAAUGAAGCAGUGUGUGAAGCCUGUCUCAAGCAGGAUGAAGCAGUGUAUGACUCCUGUCUCAAGGAGGAUGAAGCAGUGUGUGAAGCCUGUCUCAAGGAGGAUGAAGCAGUGUGUGAAGCCUGUCUCAAGCAGGACGAAGCAGCGUAUGAAACCUGUUUCAAGGAGGAUGAAGCAGUGUGUGAAGCCUGUCUCAAGGAAAAUGAAGCAGUGUAUGAAGCCUGUCUCAAGGAGGAUGAAGCAGUGUGUGAAGCCUGUCUCAAGGAAAAUGAAGCAGUGUAUGAAGCAUCUUCGUGGAUGGGAUAG